CUGGGUGUCGACUUCUCACCUUCUGGGGAAUUCUUCUCUUCUGUUGGAGCUGACGAACAGGUUCUGGUGUGGAGGACAAACUUUGAUUCUCUGGACCACGGGGAGAUUCUGAGGGCCCAGCGGAAGAGACCCGCCCCCUCUUCCCAUCGUCACCACUCUCACGAUCUUCCCCCUCCUCACACCCUCACUCAACCCACACAUCAGUUGGAUGCGAGGAGAACGCCAUGUGACACCGUGUCAGCCCCUUCCACUGUGACUAAUGUCGGGCCUCGGCUUUUCCACAGACCACACCCCUCACAUCCUCCCCCUCAACACCUCUCACAGGAAGAAGAUGAUGAGGGGGCGGGGCCAGUCCCCAAACCACACCCCUUGAAGCCACGACAGUGUCUCCGGAACUGUCAAACACUCUACAACACAUCGUGGGCCAGCUGGAUAUUCUCACUCAGACUAUGUCGAUUCUGGAAGAGAGGCUGA